UGAAUAAAAAGUGAGUGUGUGUUUCUUUGCAUGCUGCUACUUCCUCAUUUUUCUCUACUGAAACCAGACAGAAGCCGCCCUGUAAGACUGACAGCAGCGUCAAUACAGUUUAUUAUGUUAAUGAAUUUAUAUCUACUACAGUUAGUACUGCAGAGUAUACUUGUACACAUUGAAGGUUUACAGCAGCAUAGUAACCAAUCAACACAGAACAGUUACAGGAAGUGAAGUGCAGCUACUGUUCAACUGUCUCAGUCCUCUCAAGAUGUCCUCAGAUAUUUAUGCCAAACCAGAUUUCUCAAAGAAGGUGAGAUACAACAGAAAGGUGCAGGAGGACAACGUAGAGUGGGAAGAAAGAACGGUGGCUAUCUACGAGAGUACAGACGAUAUCAGAGAUGAUCACACUGAUCUUCAGUCACACGACGGAGGACCGCACACUGAGAAUCAUCCUCCAGCCGUCCAAAGCAGGCCUUUCAGAGCUGCUGCAUUUUGUCUUGGAGUGCUGUGCAUUCUGACCAUAACUGGAAUCAUCCUCCUAUACAUACGUUAUAUUUCAGUCACUUCGGAAAAAGACCAGCUGCAGACCAGAUACGACAAACUGUACAACAACUACAGUGAGCUGCAGGGACAAAUUUCAGAAAUGACAGUCAACAACAGUCAGUUACAGAAUGAAGUAAAGCAGCUGAAGGAUAAAAUUGAAGGGAAGUGGUGUCCUGAAGGAUGGAAGAGAUUUGGAUGCAGCUGUUACUUUAAAUCCAAUGAGAAGAAAACUUGGUAUAACAGUAGAAGUGACUGUCAAAGUAGUAGAGCAGAUCUGGUGAUCAUAAACAACAAAGAGGAACAGAAAUGUGUCACUGAGCUGAACAAGGAUGGAGACUCCUGGAUUGGUCUACGGGCCACAGAACGGACAGGAUGGAAAUGGGUGGACGACUCACCGCUGACAGUACAGUUCUGGGCAAUAGGACACCCGCACAGCAACUAUUAUUACGCUGCAGCAUUCUGCGAUAAACAAGGAAAAUGGACAACGAGCGGAUUUAAUGAUAAGAAGAACUGGAUCUGUGAGAAAGAGCUUUCCUGUUUAUCUUGAGGACAGAGGGGUGUGUAGUGUUGGGAUCAACUUUGUCAAAUCAGACCAACUCACAUUUUACAUUUCUUCAGUUGUUCAUUCUGUGUUGCAUCCUGAACAACCUGGAUUACAUAGAUAUUGUUCCUCUGCCCUACACAGUGAACAGUCUGGUUGGAAGUCAUCCACACGACUACAUGUGCACUUACCCUCUCUGCAGAGAGGGAUAUUACAACAGCCUGUUUUCAAAUACUUGUGAGGAGUCCCAUACUGUACAUAUUUAAACACUGUCCUUCCUCUAAACCUAGCUAAACUUUAAAAUGACAUAUUAUGGUUGAGAAUUCUUGAAGCUGCUGCUGUUCCCUGUGUAUGUUGUUACUACACAAAGAUAGCUAAAUUGUGGUUUAGCAAACUGUUGCUACGGUUGCUGUGAAGCUAACAUGCAGAGAGGACGAGAUUGUCCUAGAGCCAGCGCACCAGCUACAGACAGUGAUACUCACAACUCUAUACAGCUAAGAGCUAUAAUAUACUAUAGCUAACAUAACAACAACAGCAUGUCUUGGUGAACUAGAAAGUAAGCUGAAUGUCCAUAAUCAAGUCAUUUAAUGUUACCUAACUCGUGGCUGGAAUAGUGUUG